AAGAAACGCCCCGGUCUGGAUCGUAAACAACUGCACAGAUGCGACGCGACGGCUUGCUAUCGAAACUGAUUUCAGAUCGGUGUUCAUUUCUCACACGAGGAUCUGGGGUCGCUUUUUUUUCAGCUCUGGGAACAGAUAUGGAAAAGUGGACUUCUGUGCAGAUGCGGACUGCUGUAACAUUAAUAUAGAAACCAGAAUUAUGAAGAAGCCUGAAAUGAAGGAGACGAGGAAGAGAUGGAAGAGAUGAGCAGGACUACUCACCCAGAAUCUUCAGAAGAGAUCAGACUUCACCUAGCCAUCUCUGAUGAGAAUCAGAACAAGCUAAAAGAGACAGAGACUAUGGACUUCGACACUGUUAAACACGACUUGGAGAAUGGGAACACACAAGCCUUAAAAAGCCAUAGUUGCUCUUUAGAUCAUGACAGCCUCUCUGGAAUGGUGCCACCCGGGCCAAGUCCUUCUCUUCUGGCUUCGCUGCAGUCUCUUGUUGAAGAUAAUGAUCACAUGCUCCUCCCUCAUUCCUUACACCAGAUUGCAGAGGCCUAUUUCCUUGAAGAGGAUUUUCAUUGGGCAGCCGAGUUUCUCACUCUGGAGAAGCUCUACCAUGAGAGACUUGUGUCUAAUCUUGCCUCCAUACAGGAGCAAUGGGAGACCCAGUGGAAAGCCAGCAUCCAAACCAAAAGCAACUCUCCUGUAAGUGAGAGAGAGAAAGCACAUUUGAAUUCAUUGAGUCACAUCUGUAAGACACAUCAGAGACCAAACCUCCUUGCAGAAAAGAACAGCUUGUUGUUGCAGAACACUAAUGACACAAAGCUACAAAGCAGCCCAGCCCAUGUAAUAUAUCACAGAGGCUCUGAACAAGAGAAUGCUUUAGUGAACUCAACCGUUAAAGAAAACCGGCCGGGUGACAACCCACGGCGAGAAGCUGAACAGGAGCCAGAUGAAUACGAGGAGGGGGAGGAGCUGGAGGAAGACUUUGAGAAAGAUGAGUACUGGAAUGAGGAACUUCAGGAAGAGACAGCCAUGGAUGGCCAAGUUCCUGUGGAUGAGCUGGCCAAACUCAUUCAGAUAGAGGAGAUGUUUCCUUCAAAUGGCUUAGUCUCUAUUUUAAAGAAGAGAGCUUGCGUCAAGGGAACAGAAAGUCUCAAUCCACAAAAGAACUCCAAACGCAAAGUUUACUUCAGAGAGCCAGACGAUGCUUUUGAUCAAGAAGAGUCGACUAGAAAGUCUUGCUUCAUUCUUCUCCUCUUGUGUCUGGUUACCGUGGUGAUCAGCAUGGGCUGGACUGCACUAUAUUGCCUCGUUGGAGAGGCGUCCUCCAAUGCGUGUGUCGAUUUCUCUCAAAACGUGGACUUUUAUUUUGGACCUGUACGACGAGGAGUGGACACUCUCACACGGUGGUUCUCUUCCACUGUAUCAUAAUAAUAGUCAUUUUACGCUACUUUAGGUGCAACUCUUAUUCCUUGGACUGUCAGUGGACAGAACAGUAUUCCCCUUGACAUUAAAAUGCACUAAUGCACAUUACCAGACUGGCCUUAAUAUACCUGUAAGACUAUACAAAUCGCACAGUGUUCCUAGCACACUAAUGCACAGGUUUGGGUACUUGGUGUUGGUACUAAAACAGGCUUAAAGAUAUACAGUACCACUGCCAUUCCCUUGAUAAAUAACCAUGUGCUUUUAAUGAGCUGCCUUUGAGCCAGAAACACUUCCACAUGAGUGGUGAGUCAAUAGCAAAUUGCUCAUUACAAAUAGUGAAGCUGUCUACAGUAUAUAGAACAUUUCGGAAGAUCUAAACAACGCUGGUCCAGAAGAACUUCCGGUUUCAGUUUUUUAAAAACUGCACAAGCGGAUACAACAUUAUAAACUCAUCAGUACAUUAUACUAUUAUCUUUCAAAUGUAUUUAUACAUGCAGGAAUAAAAAAUAAAAUUGAAAGUGCUGCUGGACCAGUGAUUACAUCUUGCAAAGUGGUCUAUACAUGCCUUUCUUGUAUUUACAGUUAUACAGAUAUUUAUUUUAUUCUGACGUUGCACUUUAUAUUGGUGCUAUAUCAUUAAACAACUAAACUUUUAAACAGAA